AUGUCUUCAACCUCAACCUCUUCCGCACCCCUCUACGAAUGGCUAGUGCACAUUCCAGACUUCCCAGGCGCUCUGGACAAGCGACUUGCCGCUCGACCGACGCAUCUGGGCAACCUGAAGCCCAGCAUUGAAUCGGGCCAGAUUGUGUUUGGUGGUGCUUUGCUUUCCAAGCAGCCGGCCGAGGGAGAGAGCCCGGAUAUGGUGGGUAGCUUUAUGAUGAUCAAGGCCGAGAGUGAAGAGAAGGUGCGCGAGUGGAUGGACAAGGAUGCUUAUACCAAGGGCGGUGCGUGGGAUGUCAAGAAUGCGAAGAUUUAUCCCUUCAGAUGUGCUGUUAGGACCGCCAUGUGA